CACCACCCACUCUACUACUCGGCUUCCGUCUUCAACAUCUUCACUAACUACAUCUCCCAUCUCCUGUCUCCUUAUCUCUUUUCUGUCUCUGCACCCGUAUCGCCAUCUUUGACAUUCAUAUCUUUCCUUCGCCUGUGCCGGCCCUCGGGAGAAUGGCUCGAUCAUGACCGCAAGACCCGAUUUGGGCCCACGGCAGCCCCAGAGAUCGUCGAGUGCCAGCAUCGCUCAGAGACCUCCGCAGCCGGGCAGGGCGCUGUCCCAGCAGUUCGCGCCUUCGUCCUCGGCCAGGAGGGUUGAGCAGGCCGUCGUGGACUUGACUUUCGAUGCGGCUGACGCUGCGCUGGGGCGACCUGCCAUUGCCCCGAAGAAUGGCGGCUCGCCCCUCAAAGUGGACAUGACAAAGGAUGCGAAGGCGUCGACUGCGGUCGACCCUCUGAAGCCAGCGGCCGAGGCCACUCCUUCCUGGCGACCCUCCCUCCCUCCGCGUGGCCGACCGCUACUGCACUUUGAUCUCCCGAGCACGAACAGCCCAAACUCGCGCGCGGCGGAAGACGGGGCCCAGCCAGGCGUCACAAUCAAACCGAUGCCUCUUCCUGUGCGACCGGGACGGAACGCCCCGUCUUCUUUCGACAAGGCGCGCAUUGCCUCCAGAACCCCUCCGAAGAAAGAUGCUCGGCCGAAACCCUACACGCUGGAGGUUCCAACCGCCGCGCCUCACUAUCCCCCCAAUGGCCACGCCGACUUCUUUCCCUGGACGGGGAAGCACCCUGAAGACCGUUUCACCGAGGCUACAAUCCGGCAGGGCUUCUUCGACAAGGCACAGAUGACGCAGAAUGAGACAGGCUCUGCUAAAGCGUCCAUCCUGCCCCCUCUCAAACAUAAGAGCGGGCUCCAAACCUUGUCAUCCCUGUUCACCAGCGUCCUUGCCCAACGGAGAGCUCAUGGCCAGAUCACCUCGAGCUCGACGUUCAAGCCGCCCCCGCGGGUUACGGUGACGGAUACAAAGCGGGAGAUGUGGUUGAAGGACCUGGCAAACCCAGCAAUCUCGUUACGGCGCCUCAGCCGGUCAAUUCCUCACGGUAUUCGAGGAAAGGUAUUGCUGGACCAGUCGCUCAGCAAAAAUAUACCGCUCGAAAGGGCUGUUUGGUUAGCUAAAUGUGUCGGCGCGAAUGAGUUGAGGUCUUUCAGGAGGAAGGGCGCCAAUGGCCUUCCCAUGGGCGGGGAAGGAAAGUGGAUCCGAGAUUUCACGGUUUGUGUAGAGCAGUUUGUCGAGAGUGCUGUAGGAUCCUGUGGGGAGAAAGAUUUUAGAAGCCGGGUAAACUAUGUUAUCCGUUUAUCUGCCCAUUUUCACGCAGAGCACUUACUAGAUCGCGACCAUUAUUUGGAUUGGCUGGUAUCAUCCUUGGAGAACAGUCAACAAGCGAAACUGCCUAUGUGGCUAUUGAUAACUCAGAUCUACUGGAAGGAUAUCUUACAUUAUCGCAAAUUCGGUCGUCGUCUAUCAACGGCUUUGUUAAAUCACUGGGCAGCCACUAUGGUCCAUCCUGACCGUGAUAUAUUGGUUCCCCUUUCUGACCGGCUAGAACUGGCAUUGAAGGAACUCAUGGAAUCGCAUCCGGAGAGCUUUGUUUCCUCGAUAGGCUGGACAAAACACAGGACUCUCAUCCAGACUAGUCUGGCACCGGAUGAUGCGCGCUUCGCAGCAUUAUUUGCUUCGAUUGAUCGACGAAAUAGUCGUCUUGCUGCUCCGACUGCUAAAAAGGAGCCUAGCCCUCGAAAGUGUCUAAUUCAGCUUCUUGAUACGACUCUCGAGAAGCCGUUCACGAGUGAGCUACUCGAGCAAUGUUGGCAGGUAGAUGACGACAAAGACAUACUUGUCCAGGCUGUUUUAGAAUGGGCCACAUCGUUCUAUCGACCAGGAACUGCCAAGAUUUAUGUCGCUGUACGUCUACUUAGACAUUGGACUAGGUCUGGCGUUGAUGUCACCCAAGGCAUUCUUAGCUUCCUUGACUCUAAAGCAUGUGAAAGAGGACGCAACAAACCUGCACUCUACCAUCUGGUCUGCGAACUAGCACGCUCAGAGCAUUUUUCGACCCCUAUGUACCUUCAGUGGGUGAUAGCCCGAGGUGGUCUUUAUGAUGCAGCAGACGUCGCUCGGGGCGGUCCCUGUGCAACACGCCUUCUGGCCGAGCUGCCUGUCCAUAAUUUCACAGAAAGCAUGGACACCCUCCGGAGGACUUUACUUAGUCGUGCAGACUUUUCGGUUGAUGAUGAAGAGGAACAAAUCAGAGCAUAUAUGGCAUUUUUGGCCAAAUGUCUCCCAGGUAUGCAGGCAAAUGUGGAUCUCGAAUCCGAUCCGGACGUCGCCAUUGCCGAUGAUAAGAUCGGGUUUUCGCCAGAGCUGAGUCGUGGGAGCAAGUCGGAGGUUGGGCUGUGGCUCAGGCAAAAAGUCAGACUACAAAUGCUUCAACCCACCAUCCCUCCAUUGGACGACUGGGACGAUUCGCCAAUGAAGGGGGGAACAUCUGCAAUCACCUUAUCGGAUUUUAACAUUGUGCGGCAGUCACUCGAGCAUAUGGAGGAUUUUUCCAUCCUUGCCGAUGUGUUGAAGAUGGUAUCAAGCUCCAAUGACGCGGAAGUCCUGGCGUCUUGCGCCGACACAAUCAACUUGCACCUCGACUCCUUCGCGGCCAUUGGUGCUCUGAAGAGUCUUUUUGAAAUCCUCACAGGUCGUCUACGAUCUUUGACAGAGGAUGAUUCAUUUCCGAGGGUGCUCUUGGUAUCUUUAUCAGAACUUGCUGCUAGAAUUCCCGAACAGAAUGAUGUUGCGCGGCAGCUUGCUCAGGAGCUUUCCCGCAGUGAUCGAAAGACUGCCGCCGAUGCCUGCUCGCCAGUCUCCGAUCACAUGGCAGGUGUCACGCAAAGUGCCGAAUCCGACUUCACCGAUGAAAUGGAGAAAGUGCUAGGCAGUGGGAAUAACAUGGACCAAGCAACCCUAGAGCGACUCUUCCAGCGGAUUGCAAUCCGUUUGGAAGGAUCAUGGGAGAAAUCACAGGAACAAUAUCGAAGCUGCGGAUUGCUAUUCACGAGACUCAGAACUUUCGACGCACAACGCUUCGAUGUCCUUAUGGCUGCUUGGGUGAACCGCGUCCUCCAGAUGGAAUCCCGUCCGAGCAUGAUUCAAGUCUUCGGGCCGCUAAUCAGCUUUGGGUGUCUCGCUCUUCAAGAUGUCGUUAGUAACUGCGUAUCUGUGAUUGAAAAUGAGAUGGCACUACAUAAUUCAAUACCCUCGAAAGUCGCUGAGGAAGUGCUGGCUCUACUUAUCGCUCCUUCAUCUAUUCCUGAGACAAUGUCCGACGAGGAGGCAUAUCGUCUGCGUGUCAAGCAGGCUAAUAUGCAAAGGGACCAUUCUCUUGACAUCUUAUCCGUUAUCCGCCGGUCUUUUCUAGAUGCGCUGGAUUCCAACCAGGUUCAACCUGGGGCCGCUCCUGCCCAGGUUGAAACUCUGCUCGGCCGGAUAUAUGGGUUCCUUCAGAGACUUGUCCUCGUUGACACUGAUUCGAUAAUCCAGAGGUUGAUAGUCCCGCUACUUUCAAGUGCUAGUAUGGGAGCCGCAGCUACAGUAUCUGCAAUCGUGGAUGGGCUCUUAACAGAUGGGAAGCGCAAUGCGGAUACCCCUAUUCCCAUCGAUGUAGUCGUUAGCUUGGCGGAUUGCCUCACACUGCCCUUCUGCCAAGUGAAACUUGCAUCGAUAUUUAUCCAAGAUAAAUCUAGUCCUACGACUGUGGAUGAGAGCGACUCGGAAUGUCUUCAGGCAUUUGAUAAUGCGAUUGGAUCCGCCGUCACGGCAGGAAAUACGGCAUGGGCUUAUCUUAUACCAUCACUUGACAUAUCAAUUGUCCGGCACCUUCGAAAACGAGCCGAAACGGAAUUCAUCUCGAUCUGUCCAUCUUUGAAAACGGCCUCUACCGAGGAUAUUCCAACAAUGCGCAGCCGUAUACAACAGGCAAACAAUCUUCUAUAUAUAGUGGAUGCGACAACAUCCAGCCUUUCUGUUCCCACGUCCGCCACCUCUCUGGCUCCUGAGAUCGUCACAGUACUAAACAACAUGUGGCUUCUCCUGUGCGGCACGCAGAUCCAAGUCCCUGAAAUGAAAGAACUCAUGAUCACGGAAUGGCUUCCCCUCCUCUUAUCCUUCACCACCAUUCACACUUCGGCUUUUGAGGAGACUAAGGCUGGGCAUGAAGACAGAUCCAAAGCUUUACUUGCCCUCGCCGCCAUCAUGCUCGAAUUGCAGGCUCUGGACAACAGUACGGGAAUCAUAAACACGACUACACAGGAUACUUUUGACAUUGCGCUCCAUUUGGUUGAUGCAUUGCCGGACGAUAUGCGACAGCAGUGUAUUCGUAGUCUGCGAGAUACGAUAUCUAAUCGUCAAGUCUCAUACCUUUUCAGUAUUCCGACAGAUCCUUCCGGGUGGUUGGUUUUGAGCCAGAAGGAAAGAAUCGGUGGUAGCGGAGGAGCCGAGGGCAGAGGGAUCGAUAUAGAGAAGGAGAAACUGGCUCCUUUCCCAUUAAGGAGGUGGGAAAUGUUGGGCGAGCCAACGCCAAACGUGGGAGAGAAUGACACGAGCUUGAGCCUGACACUAUUUGACGCGAGAAGGUAUUGACCUUGCUCAUGUUCAAGUCUUGAUUAUACCAAAUAGACGACGAUGGUGUCUGUAUUUGAGGUGCUGCCUACUGGAUAGCGCGGCAGUUAUGGUCGACGGGGCUAUGAGUCUAUGGAUAAGAUCCCACUGUAUCUAUUACGAAGAUAUGAUCUAAGAACGAAUCUUAAUUCAGUUAUGCAUCUUGACGCAGUAUGUACCCUUCU